ACAGCCCGUGCUUCUAUACUGGAUGGAGUGAAAGCAUGUCCGGAUCUCGCCGCGGCGCUGACACCGAGUGAGCUCUGCAUCUUUAAAACAGAAAAAAAACAAGAAGAAGAAGAAAAAGCCAAAGAAAAACACACAACCAGCUCAGUCAUAACUGUGGGAUGAUAAGGACUACCUCUUUUUACUUUUGGAGAGAGCCAAGCCAUUAGGAGAGCAUUCAGCAUCAGCUGUUCAACACUGGUCUCUCAUUGCUGGAAGUCGGGGCUGAAUGAGUCACAUGACAGAACUGGAGGCAGAGAUCUAGAGAAAAGGCACAGCAUUACGGCUUGCACCGCCAUACUGUAUUUUGAGCCAUAUCACAUUUUUAUUGCAACAUUUUACUCCCGCUCGGUGAGUACAUUUUCAAUGGCUUUUUUGUAAGCAUUUUUUGUCUUUUUAAUUGCCCCCUUUUUUUUGUUUUUCCUCCUUUUGCUGGUGUUUGAAUUGAGCGUUGACAUGGUGGUUUUGAGCGUUUUUCACGUCCAGGCUUCAAGUUUUUAGCAUGCAGUUAUUCUGACCGAGAGUGCCAAGAGGGUAAUCGGUGCGGUGUCGGUCUUGCGAACGCCUUUACUUGCUUGCAGUUUUGUUUCGAGGGUCGAAACCAAGCAGCUUUUGUCGGUAUUGAGAUUUUUCAAACAAUCUAUUGGUGGUUUUGAAACAUUUUUAUUUUUUUGUUUCUGUCGACUUUUGCUGUUGCUAUGCUUUGGUUUGCAUUUUGCAGUGUUGUUUGUUGCCUCCGAGUUUUGUGAUUUUGAUGUGUCGGUGAAUCUCACCGAUCAAACCCUUUGCUUUUACUUUUCUUUAUAAAAAAAGGAGUCGUUUUUAAAGCCCGAUGGCGUUUUAACGUGAUACUUUUCUUGCAGCUGAGCUCUCAGGUUUGUUGUUUUUGUGUUUCUUUCUUUUUUUCUAUUUCAUUAUACUUUUGCUGGUGGCAGUGUCACGUAUUUUUUUGGAUGUUAUCGUUUUUUUGACUAGAUGAUGCUGGGUGGACGAGGGGAGUUUUGAUUCUUGGGGGAGUUCAAUGCGUUUUUGUUUUCUGUACCAACGAGGAUGAACAGACAUUUCCCCUCUGCAGGAGGGCAACUGGAGGAGAAUGACUGGUAAACUCCAGACCAGCAACGUGACCAACAAGAAUGACCCGCGCUCCCUAAACUCCAGAGUCUUUAUCGGCAACCUCAACACAACCAUCGUCAAGAAGACCGACAUAGAGGUCAUCUUCGCCAAGUACGGCAAGAUAGUGGGUUGCUCUGUGCACAAAGGUUACGCCUUCGUACAGUAUUUGCAAGAGAGGAACGCCCGAGCAGCUGUGGCAGGAGAAUAUGCCCGUAUCAUCGCUGGACAGCCUCUUGACAUAAACAUGGCUGGCGAGCCGAAGCCGUACAGGCCCAAAGCCGGCUCCAAGCGGCCGCUCUCAGCCGUUUACAGCGGUUAUGAAUUUGACUACGAGUACUACAGGGAUGAUUUCUACAACAGGCUUUUUGACUACCACGGCAGAGUGGCCCCCCCACCGAGAGCCGUGAUCCCCGUCAAACGCUCCAGGGUGCUUGCUCCCUCCUCCCGCCGCGGGAAGACCUCCUUCCCCAUCAAGACAACCUCCUCUUCCUCCUCUUCCUCCUCCAGACCUCCCACAUCAUCCGCCUCCGGGCUCAAACCGGUGAAGACGGACCAGCUGCAGACUAUCAAACGGGAGCUCACUCAGAUCAAGCUGAAGAUCGACUCUUUGCUGGGACGCCUGGAGAAGAUCGAGAAGCAGCAGAGAGCCGAGUCCGAAGCUCAGAGAAAGUACGAGGACAACUGCAACUCCUUGCAUGAGGAGUCCGUGUCAGAGACGGCGGAAAACUCUGGGGAGGACGCGGGCGACGGGGCGCUGGACGUGGAGGCGGGAGAGAUGACCGACGGGGGCGAGGACGACUACGACGAGGAGGGAAACCACCAUCUGAUAGAGAACCAUGUAUCGGAUAUCGACAACUGAGAUCAGGAGGAGGCAGCAGACACCCCCCCGGUCAGUGGUAUUAGAAUUCAUCGUCACCUUCAAGAGACGGAAAAGGAUCUCUGAAGGAUCAAGACUCUCAUUCAGGACUGUAAAUUGUGUUCAAGAGAUGCUGAAUCGCAUUUAGACGCCCAACUGUGCAGCACAAAAAACGACCGUGAUGUGCUCGCUAGAGAAAAAUGUAUUCAAGACCCAUUUUAAUGCAUCGGCCUCGUGGGUAUUCUGUGCAACUUAUAUUUCAUUGCAAGAGGCCGACAGUAUCGUGUGCUAAUCCUGUUUGUGAAAUAAAUAAAACAGAAGGGAAUGAAAUAAAGGCAUUUCUUCUGAUUUAUAAAUGAAAUUACGUGGGAAGAGGGGAACAUGACAUUGAUCCACCGUUGCUGCUUUGAUGAAAUGUGUUUGCAGUGUAAUUUAUCAAACUGAUUUUUUCCUAUGAAUUUUAUGUUCAAAAAUCAAAAUGAAUAAAGGAACAGUCGGAACAAUCUGCGACCGCAGAAUGAUUCACAAACAAACGAACGGUGGUUUUCGGAUUUGACUCAUGCAUAAGCCAAUAUCUGCGAGCAUAACUUUAUCCGUUUGUCACACAAAUGCCCCGUGGGGCUGUUCCAUCAUAUAUUCCAACUCCUGCCAAGCUGCAGAAGCAGAAAGGGCUUCCUGUGGUCCAGAGCCAACACUGGCACAGGCCUCCUGCCGGGGACCAGGGCCCCGACGUCUCAAUGCGCUCCUCCCCGCUCAGCCUGUGCAUCCCGACACGGGCUGCUGCUGCUCGGGAGCCAACGCCCUUUCUCCUUCCACUGCUCCCUCCCUCUGCAUCGAUUCCGUCUCAUGUAGGCAAGAGUGAGCCAAGGUUUUUAGAGUCGAUUUUAUCGAUGUGAUGUAUGUGAUCUGUGAUUCAGAUCGCUUACGAAUUAAUAUGGAAUAAUUGAACAUGACACAAUGGCUUGUGCAGCCUUAAAACAACCAGAAAUAAAAACUCUUUUAAUAGAAUGCCCUUAAAUGUAAAUAACAAAGUAAAGUACAGACUGGGGAAAGAUCUGAACUGGCCAGAGUUGGAUGAUUCGUCCACUCAUUUUGGUGCAUUUUACUAACAUCAUGAUGUGCAUGAUUUCUACUGGUUCAUAUGUUACAUUGUGCAAACAUGUCAUGCAGCUUCAGCUGAGCGAUUUCAAUUAACCCGACUAUAAAUAUAUGGCUGCAAAGGGAAUCGCGUCACCAAUCCCCCCCCCCCCCAAUAUGUAAAAUUUAAUAAGUAAAUUUCCUCCAAACAAUGACAGAGGCCUGUUUGUAGUCUCAAGCUUUUUCUUCAUAGGAAGCCUCAGAAGGAGGCAGGUGGUUGGAUCCACAGCUAACGUGGGGCCAGGUGUGCCAGCUGAUGGUCAGCAGCAACAAUUAAGGUGAUGAUGCGUAUCAGCUGGCACACCUGGUAUGUAUUAGCUGGAGAUGAGGUUGUCAGCAUAAACGGCUGGUGGGCCAACGACAUUCAUCACAGCUGUCAAUGAAGCGGCUUCUUAUCAAACACUCUGCUGUCAUUAACCGCUGGCUUUGUCCUUGCACCCACUGCAGCCCGAUAUUGUCUCUCCUCCUCCUCUGCUGCUGCUUGUAAAACUGAAAUGUUUUCUUCUUCUUUUGCUUUUAAUUUGUGCUCGGAAGCAUCGACGCGUGUUUUUAAGGACGGAAAGCAGACGGGCCUCUUGUCAUUGGACGAAAUACUUACCGAUUAUCGGUCGAAGUCCUGAAUUGGUGUUAAAGUUGAAUCAUGUCAUUCGGGGCUGUUGUUACUUUCAGGAGUCGUUUCACCCAAAAUGCAAAGAAAUAAAAAGAAAGGCUAUUGGUGUCUAGUUGAAGAAUUUUAUUUGUACAUGUUUUGAGGCCAUGGAGACUCUGGUGUAAUUACGGUGAAAUAGAUUUCGUUUGUGGUGCUUGAAGCAUUAAAAAAGGCAUUUGAAGAAUUCAACCACAAUGUUUCUUUUCGGACACAAUUCAGUCCAGUCAGAAAAAAUGUUGGCAUUGGACACGAGUGUAAAGAAGGGAUACCGUGAAUGUGGACUUUUUGCAUCCAGGCAGAUCAAGUGUUGGUGGAAGUUUCGUGGUAUAAUAAGGAGUAUUAAGAGCGAGAAAGUCCACAAAAGGCGGGUCGGAGUGGUGGAAACAAACAGGACUUUCAUGAGUUUGUUACGUAAGAAACUCCGCUAAGGUCGGUUGUUAUUGAUUUACACUGUUGAGUUAUUGUUUAAAGAUGAUGCUUAUUCUAAACUUGAGUAGUUCUGUUGCCUAAAUCAUUCCAAUCAUUUAACAGCUUGUCCUCGGUGCUUUUCUGUAAGCGUGAUAGCGGCUGAUAUGAAACUUUUGAUUCAGAAAUGUCGACAUCCGUGGUUUGAUGAAACGUGCGAUGCCAACAUUUUGGUUAUUGGGUUUCUUAAUUACUCUGGGAGAUGCUCACAUGCUCUGUAGAUGUUUGGAUAGAAAAAUGGAUCCCAUCCAAAAUGUGGAUUAAUAGCCUGAAUAAUGUUUUGUUUAUAUGUAAUUGUUCAACGUUUCGAAGAAAAUUAACAGAAGUCUCUUCACCCUUAUUAGCACAAAACCUGGGCAAAUGAAACCAAACCACCGCGGGUAAAUAAGGAAAUAUUGUUUUGUGAUUUGGUUGGAAUGACCCUUUAAACCGAGAAUUAAUUGAAUGUGAAGGAAAGGUCGCCUCAACUUCAUGAACACAACAAUCUGCCUGAAAAAAAUAGAAUUGAAUAAAAAGUCUGUCCAGCAGCUCCUUCAAAAUAAGUGUCUGGUGAAUGAUGAUGAUGUGUAAUAUUUAGCACUAUUUUUGUAUACAAAAACAUGUUUAAGGGAAAUGGCUCUGCUACACGUUUAUCUUUUUUGCUGGUAGCCUGUUCUUUAAUAAGCAGUAUGGUGAUGUGUCAAAUAUUUUGCAAAAAGUACAACAAAAAAAACCCUUAUUGCUUUUAACUGUUGUAAUUUAUCUGGGUCACUUUAAAACAUUUCUGGCUCGACAUUCACUUUUAUUUUGCCCUGUAAAUAAUCAUCCUCAUGUUUAUUUCAAACACUAAUCGACUGAAAGAGACGUUUAAAACAAAGCGGAAAAAAGGUAUACUGACAGUUUGUUGGGGUCGUUGCAGGUUUUAACCACAAUUGUAGUGUAACUGACAACUGUUGUAUAGAAAUGUACAUUUUUUUGUAAAGAUAUUUUUAUCAAAAGGCAUGUUUACUGUAACUUUGUAUUUUCAGUUCAUGUAUUAAAAAAAAAAGGUAUAUUCCAACUGUUGUAAGGCUAGAAAACUCAUCGUAGAUAAAUAUUUGUGUUCUUAUCAGUCAAUAAAAUGUUUGUGUCAUAUAUGUUUAACUAGUCAAAUGUUUCAAUGAUCAACACUUUAUUUUACAAAUAAAUAUGAACUGAAGGACAAAGAAA